AUGGCGCAUCGAGGUAGGAGACGGCCCGUCAUCGCGGGAACACCGUGCAAUACUAAUCAACUGACCAGUGUCUCCAGUGGAAUCCUCGAGUUCCCGCCCCCUCCCGGAUCGCUUGCGCGUGGUCUGAGCAGUAACGAUCUCGCCUUGGCCGGUGCCAAAUCGUCCAUCAAAGCGCUGCGACGGCAACUGACGAUGGACGAUCUGCCGCUACUCCAGGAGGUCAAUCCGUUCGAGGGAAGCCAACAAUUCGACCCGAUCAAUACCGAGGAAGCCUCCUCGUACGACCUUGUUGCACCCUACGCCGGAAACAAUGCCCCGUUGCACCGCCUAGAAGAGCAAGCAGAGAUCAUGUUCUCGACCGAACACAUGACGACCAUCCUCUCCAACCCGGGGUAUUUGUAUCGCUUCCGGGAAUUCCUCGCCGAGCAACGACCAAGGUCCGUCAUGGUCCUCGAACAUUACCUGAAUGCGCGCAAAGCACUCAAGGCCAUUCAGUACGCCAACGCUCUCGCACGCGAUCUGGCCGGCAUGCCAGAAAUUCAGACUUCCGACCAGUCCAUUCCACCGACGACCAACGAGAUGUUGGAAGACCGCGCGGCAAAAGCUCUGGCCGCACUCACGGCCGAAGAGCUGCCGGCAUUCAUCACUUCGACCUGCAUCACCAUCACCAGUAAGGUUGUCGAAGAGCGUAUCCGAGGAACCCUCCCCGCCAAGUUUCAGGCAACGUCGGAUGCACUGGCAGAGGUGUUUUGCUUAACCGACCCGUCGCGACCAGACAAUCCGAUCAUCUUUGCUUCAGAGGAAUUCCACCGAACCACUCAGUACGGUAUGGAUUACGUGCUCGGUCGAAACUGCCGGUUCCUGCAGGGCCCCAAAACCAACCGCAACAGUACAAGGCGCAUCCGGGAGGGAAUCGAAGCGGGACGACAUCACUCUGAACUGUUCCUCAACUACCGGCGCGAUGGCUCCCCCUUCAUGAACCUGUUACAAUGUGCGCCCCUGUGCGACAGCACUGGCAAGAUCAGAUACUUUAUCGGUGCCCAGAUCGAUGUGAGCGGUCUCGCCAUGGACGGCGCGAACAUGGAGUCCCUGCAGACCCUCGCCGCGCGGAAACGCCGUCUCAAGGAACCCGGAACGCCCGAGGAACCGCAGGACCGAAAAAGCGAGUUCAUCGAGCUAAGCGAGCUGAUGAGCCCGCAAGAGUUGACCACAUCCCGCACCCAUGGUGGCAAGCUGUUCAAGCCUGCUUCCAGUCUGCACAGCGACCGGUGCAGCUCGCGCAACACCAACAGCAAUGUCCAUUGGGCCGACGAAUGCGAAGACGGCGAGGCCCCAGACCCGCUACCCUUGAAACCAUCACCAGCUAUUUCCUUGGCCGGUGUUUAUGAAAAUUACCUCCUUGUUCGACCCUACCCCUCGUUGAGGAUCCUAUUCACCUCUCCCUCGCUCCGCAUCCCGGGAAUCCUGCAGUCCUCGUUCUUCUCACGCAUAGGCGGCUCCGCCUCGGUACGCGACGACCUCCUCCGCGCGAUGAUCGCCGGCCGGAGCGUGACGGCACGGGUGCGCUGGCUGAACCGGUACGAUGACCACGGGCGCGGUAGGUGGGUGCAUUGCACGCCCUUACUGGCGAAUAAUGGUGGGGUGGGGGUGUGGAUGGUCAUUCUGGUCGAUGAUGAGGAGCAAACCGUUCGAUGGAGGGGGAACUGGCCGUCUUGA